AUUCCAUCACCAAAAGAAGGACGUGCUACUCCGGUAGGAUUUGGCAUAAUAAAUGCCGCUAAACAGCGCCUAUCGGAAAUUGCCAAAGCCAGACCUGCUGACGUCACGAUUCUUACGAGUACCAAAGUGGUAGGACUUACUUCAUGGAAUGCGUAUGUGAAUGGAGUAAAUGUCAUACAGGACGGGAAACGCAAAGAAAUAAACGGGAAAGCAGUAAUUCUGACAACUGGCGGAUUCAGCGCUGACAGAAAUGAGGAUGCCAGUUUGCUGCAUGAAUUUGCCAGUGACAAGCUGCGUUUUCCAACUACAAAUGGUCCGUUCGCUCGUGGAGAUGGGGUCAAAAUGGCGCGUGCAAUGGGUGCUCAGGUUGUUGGCAUGGAGCGUGUGCAGAUCCAUCCAACCGCAUUCGUCGAUCCAGCUGAUCCAUCUGCUGGUACAAAAUUCCUUGCCGCUGAAGCACUCAGGGGCAAAGGCGCUAUCCUAAUCAAUUCGAAAGGUGUCCGAUUUGCCAACGAACUUGGUAGACGAGAUUACUUGACUGAUAGGAUUCUGAAAGAAUGCGAACCUAUUGACGAGUUCCAGGGAGGGUCGGCUGGGCUGUCUGCAGCAAUAAUGCUGAUGAACGACGAAGCGGCAGAUGCAUUUGGAAGGCCAGCGUUUGGCUUCUACGCAAACGUCAAGAAAUUCUUCACGAAAUAUGAUUCGGCACAAAAGCUUGCUGCAGCUGCAGGGAUUCCAGUCGAUGUUUUGGAGAAGACGUUAGUGGACUACAGCGAGUAUGUUAAAAGCAGUUCGAAAGGCAAAACUACAAAAGUGAGUGGAGCAUUUGAUUGUGGUAGACGAAACAGCAUCAUUCAUCCUAUAGAAGUUACGAUGUACUUGAAGGAUCCCUUCGGAAAGACUGUCUUCCCGGUGGCAAUACUACCGGAUCAACCUAUCUACGCUGCUAUUAUCACCCCCGCCAUUCAUUACACUAUGGGCGGAUUAAGAAUCGACAAAGAUGCUCGGGUGCAUAAUGAGUUUAUGAAUCAGCCAUUCAAAGGUCUUCUUGCUGCUGGAGAAGUGACAGGUACGUUCAAAAUCCUCAAGGUAUAA